AUGGCCACUCUUGAUGAUAACUGGCAGACAAAACGCCCAACUAUCAGCCAGAGAACCAAAUUUAUUUUUAAUAACGAAUUAUUAAGUGAUGUGAAGUUUGUAGUUUUUGCCUCGCAAGACGAAAGUGAAAGCCGGAAGAGUGAGAAGUGCAUGAUUCCAGCUCACAAGUUUAUACUUGCAAUCGGCAGUCCUGUUUUCUAUGCCAUGUUCUACGGUGAAAUGGCGGAGACCUCAGACACUAUUCAAUUGCCUGACUGUGAUUAUGAGAGUCUCUUGGAGUUGUUUCGUUUCCUGUACAGCGAUGAAGUGCACUUGACCGGAAGUAAUGUCAUGCAAGUUCUCUACUUGGCAAAAAAAUAUCUCAUACCUUCACUCGCCGAUAAGUGCACUGAAUAUCUUCAGAAACAUCUACAGGCGUCGAAUGUGUUCUCCGUUCUGCUUCAAGCUCAGCUAUUUGACGAUAAAGAUCUGGAAGAACGGUGCUGGGAAGUUUUAGAGACGCACACCGAGAAUACUGUGACGUCGGGAGAAUUUGUCACGCUUAAGAGAUCUGUUGUUGAGUCUGUGGUGAAAAGGGAGAGAUUGAAUGUAAAGGAAGUGGAUUUAUUCAAAGCUGUUGAUCGCUGGGCAACCAAAGAAGUGGAACGGCAAAGACUAUCCCCUGCUGGCAAAGUCAAAAGAAGGAUUCUUGGAGAGGAAAUUGUGAAAGCAAUAAGGUUUCCAGUGAUGUCGCAGAAAGAGUUUGCUUCGGUUGUUGUGGAUUGUGAAAUUCUGACUAAAAACGAGAUUGGUUUGAUGAUGAAACACUACGGUGGUGUCGGUUUAGAGUCUUCUUUACCAUUCAUGCAGUCCCCUAGACAGCCUAGAGCUGGGCCUCUGCAUCGAAUUUACAGAUUUAGAAAAGUAAGCUCGCCCGAUAUGCCUGAUGGUUCAUGGCACUACACUCGUGGUGAUUCUCAGACUGAUGCCCUUAAACUGACUGUCAGUAAACCUGUCAAGUUACAUGGAGUGCAGCAUUUUGGCAGUGAAGAUAAUGAAUACACAGUUUCAUUAGAAGUGAAAGAUGCGGCCAAGAGUUUUUCGCUGAUAAAGCUGAUGGACACGUAUUCCUCCGAGAAAGAUGAGACAAAUGGUUACUAUGGAUUUGAUGUCAUGUUUGAUCACCCAGUUUGCCUUGAGCAGGGUGAAACGUAUGAGACUGUAUCUCUUAUCAAAGGCCCAUCGUCUUGGAGUGUGACUAAUGGAAAAAAAUCUGACGAGGUUCAAGGAAUCCAGUUUUCAUUUAUCUCUUCAGCUUCUUCUAAGAAUGGAACUAAUGUCAAAACUGGCCAGUUUCCUGCAUUUAUUUUCAGCACAAUGUAGUUUAAUUCUUAAAUAAUGAUAUUGCAUUCGUUGAUCAUCGUAAGUGGUAGACUGCAAAUUGCUUUAUUUAGGAAAAUGCCUAAUCAAACAGGCCAGAGUCUCUUAAGGAGAUAACUGUUUUCUCUACCAAUGCCUCAUUAAUUUCCAGACUACGACCUGUCAGGACCUGUGGUUAGGCUGAAGGCUAGCGAUGACUGGAAUGAUUUGCCGAGCCAAACGAAAAUCACGGGACGAAAUAACGGAUUUACCGAGCGUCAAAGGCGCAGUCCAACGCGCGAUAAAGACGACUGUUGCACGCCAUUGACGGGCGACAAAAAACUAUCUUUGAUGACGUCUUCAGGCGAGUCUUCCGGCGAUGAAGGCCGUUUUUUUUUACGCCUUUAACCUUUACCUUUGGCGCAAGUGAAAGAUGUUAUUUUUUUAGCCUUUGUACCCCUAUCAAAGGUGUCGUCUGAGAUUCGAGUCUAAGGUUUCAAAAAGGUGCGGUAAAGUAAUGUCUGAGAUUGAAGUCAAAGGCUUGCUAAAAGUGUCGCCAAAUGGCUAAGGGCACGGUGUUGGAGAUCACAGCCGUAACAAAAUAGAUCAAAUUUUGUCAUCGUGCAUCUUGAAGCCGAUAAUCGCGCAUCGAGCCAAAAUCCAUUGAAGGUGCAUAGAUUGUAGCUUUAUCUUGCAUUUUUCGAGCCUUGACGUAUCGUUGCCUUAAUUGAGCGUCAGGUCGUACCUUUGUAUGUCGAGCCCAUUGAUAAUCGUGCUUUCAUGGAGCUUUUAUCAUGCGCAAAAAGCUAGCGCAGCAAAAAGUUGAGCAAAUCUCCCCUAUUGCAAGUCAAAAAUGCCCCGGGAAAACAUACAAAUAUAAAAAUUACGUAGAAGUCCUUUGAGAAAAUACUCAGUUGUCGCUUUGAGGGAAAGUGAAAAGAUCAAGCGACAAACUUCAUGAAACUUGCGUUGGAGGACUUCAUCCUUGCUUUCUUCGAGACGGAGAUCUCAGUAGAAUAACCGAGUGAGUGCAUUAAGCCCCGUACAUUUUGUACAUUGUAGUAGAGAAAAUUAUGUUUUAAGAGGAAAAAUGUAUCAAUUACAAUUAAGUUAGUGACUUUUCAGUCGAGUUGAUGUUAAAUUCAAGCUAAUAAAAUUAAAU